AUGGCUUUAGCUAUUUCCCACGAGGAUACUCAGAUUUUACUAAAAGACAAGAAUAUCUUACAGGAAUCGGUUUUGAACAAAUAUAGAACGGCUGGACAAAUUGCACAAACUGCUCUGAAAUAUGUCACCUCUUUAAUCAAUGAUUCCUACCACUCUAAAACCGCAGAACAUCAAGUAACUGUGUCAGAGUUAUGUUUGCUGACUGAUUCGUUUAUUUUGACUCGCUUGGAACAGUACUAUAAAAACAAGGUUAAUGAAAGAGGUAUUGCUGUUCCAACUACUAUUGACAUCGAUCAAAUCUCCGGUGGGUGGUGUCCCGAGAUAGAUGAUACUCAAAAUCUGUUGAACUGGAACAAAGGCAAAGACUCUACUUUUGCGUCAUCUGUGACUGGUAUUUUGAGGCCAGGUGAUUUGGUUAAAAUUACAUUGGGUGUUCAUAUUGAUGGUUAUACUUCCGAAGUUUCUCACACUAUGGUUAUCUACCCAGUUGAUGCAACUAAGCCUAUUCCUCAACCAACUGGACCAUUGUUAGGCGGCAAGGCAGAUGCGGUCGCUGCCGCUCACAUUGCUAUGGAAACUGUAGUUGCAUUAUUAGCUUGUGCCUUGACACCAGAAAAGCUACCCGCUUCCUUAGGUGGGGCUUCGAAUGGUAUCACAGGCCAAUUGAUCAGAACUAUUGUAGACACUAUCGCCAGAUCUUAUAACUGUGGCGUUGUUCCUAGUUCUCGUGUAAGAAGAAUUAGAAGGUUUUUAGCAGGCCAGAAUGAAGGUAUUGUUGCCGAAAGGGAAUAUAAAGGUGUUAUUUGGACAGAAUCCCAUCAAGAAGCAGAUUUGUUGUCUAACACGGAUGCCAAGGAUUUGGCUGUGGUAGACCGUGGCCAGGCCACUCCGUUCACUAACGUUUCCGCCAUUCCAAGUGACGAUUUCGUUGUACAAUCAGGUGAAGUUUAUUUGAUUGAUUUGAAGAUGGCAUCUUUGGAACACUGCAAUAAAAAGGGUUUAGUUACUUUGGAAACUGUCGACUCUUACGCCGGCAAAUCACACAAGGCUGGAGAAUUGAUUGCCAGAACCGGUGUUUAUGUCAGAGAUUUUGCUCAAUCCCAUAUUCUUAAAUUAAAGACUUCAAGACAAUUAUUAACUAAGAUUGAUAGACAAGGUGUUUACCCAUUCAAAUUGUCUCACUUGUCUUCAAAUUUUCCAUUUGUUGAUGAAAGUGAAGAAGAGCUCCAAAAUCUAAAGAAAGAUCUAAAAUCGUUUCGACUUGGGAUGAGUGAGAUUUCCAAUAACUACCUAUGUGUGGAAAGUCCAAUACAAAUUGCUAGAUGGGUUCCAUGGGAUCAUAUUCUAAAGGCCACCAAUCCAAACGGUAACUUGAGUUACGAUGCAACCUCUACAUUAACAUUACCUGGACAUGAACUGCCUUUACCAAAGUUGGGUGUAUCAGCUAUUAAGCUUAAAUCUCUAUUGAACUCAACUAAAGAGUCGAUUUCUUUACCAGUUGCUCGUGAAUGCAAUACUAUCGUAUUGUGUGAUUCUAGUGUAAGUACAGGUGACAGAUCCGAGUUAUUGAGAUUAACUGGGGGCUCUAAGACAUGCCAACCAAGUUGGAUUCACUCUCAACAUGAAUUGAAUCCUGAAGACUCAAUUGUUCAAGGCAUCUUUCAAUUGGCUACUUUGGUCAAGGAUAAGAGAUUUGGUCUAUUAUUGAAGGAAACACAACCAAUGAAGCAGAAAGGUGCUGUUACUCUGAAUGGUGAAGCCGAAAAAACUAUGAAAAUCUAA